AUGAGCGACGCAGCUUUCGGUGGACUUUCAGCCGUCAGCCGUCGCACGGCCGCCUCACCUUUUUUACUGGCGGAGUCGAUGCCGACCAGCACGAACGACGACGGACGCUGUGAGAGCGGCCGGCGGCGACGGGUCCAGGCCGGUCGGAGGCCGUCUGAGACCUCUGUGGCUACACUGCCCGAGGCGCUGCUGCUCUGGGCCGAGAGCGACCCCGCCGCAUUUGACGAUGAGCAGCAGAGCGGGGAUGACUCGGCCGGCGUGGCGGGUUACCUGCCUGCGCAGCGGAUUGCUGAGCUGCUGCGGCUCGCAGUCGAGAAUGGCGACGUGCCGUACGAGGGCGACCUCUCCGAGGACGAGGUGGACUCCGCACUGAACGAGCUGUGGCAGCUGCAGCGCACCGGCUCGGCCCAAGGCGUGUCGCGGGCCGCAGCACGGCGAGAGCGGCGCAGCCAGGCGUCGGCAAAGGUCCAGAACGUGCUGCACGAGAUGCUUGCUGCUGAUACGGUGGCCGCUGCGCAGCAUGUGGCCAAGGACAUGCUCGAUGCUGCUGGUAACGAGCUCGUCGCCAACGGGCUCCUGCCGUUGCUCAAGGCGCUCGCCGCCGCGUCGACCGCGGAGACCUCGCGCACGGCAGGCCUUGAUGUCCAGAUGAUUGCCACCGCUGCCGACGACGUACUCGCCGACGCGCAGGCGGCGGCGAGACUCGCCGACGUGCAGGCGGCGUCGGCGAGACUCGCGGCGGGGGGGGGACGCUCUGCUCUCGGUGCUUGCGUUCCGACCAAGCGCAUUGCGACGCGCAACUCGCCCGCGCCGUCGCAGAAGAGACAGCGGCGCCGCGAGCAGUCCAUGGAGGAGCUACACGCAAGCUGGUGA